ACGAAAUAAUGGCGCCAUAUAUUCUUUCAGCUAGCUUCACAUUUCACUUCAGCACAAAACAGGUUCAGAAACAAAUAUUAAGCCUUUUAUUGUUUACCUGGUUGAUGGGAUAACAAAUGAACAGAUCGAUAUGGAGUCUCGGAUGGGUAAAGGCAGCUCUUCUAAUAGAGGCAGUGCCAGAAAACUCUCAGUCACGAAUAAAAAUAGUCAGAGAGGCAGUGCAAUCAAAGAGAGAACAAGCAAUGGAGCUUCCAUAACUUCAUUUUUCAGGAAUACACCACCUAGUAAACUGGCCUGUCCUCUGUGUGGCAAACAAGUACCUCGUUACAAGAUUAAUGAACACAUAGACUCUCAAUGCCAGAGGUUUCUUGGAGAUAAUCAUGAAGAUGCAUUCAGUGAGGACAAGCAGGAGAAAAUAACCAAAACCCCCUCUAAUGGUGCAGUAACUCGAAAUAACAGGAAAGAGAAAAGCCCAGGAGAGAAAGAUGCUGAUACGAGUCCAUAUUUUAAAAAGAACUCCGUGAUGAGACAAGAGUCGUCCCAAACAAAUGUACAAACUAAAGCGGUUAAAAAAGUUGGUCUUGGGAGUUUAUCCUCUAAACUGUCUAGAAGAGCACUUAGGCUUUCAGGGGAAUCUGAGAUGGUUAAUAGUCAUGUCUCUGGAAAAGUAGAGUCCUGUAAUUCAGAAGUGAGCAGUUCACAGAAGGAAAACUACAUGAAGAGUUUAACUUUUGAACCUAAAACCAAUGGCAUGGAUACAGAUGACGUGCUACCAACAGAGCCAACAGCUUCAAUCCAACCUCAAGUGAAAAAAAUGGAGAAAUCUGUGGCACUUCUGGGAGAAUCUAGCAGCGGCGCUGACGUUCAAUCAUCGAGAUGUUCCUCCUCAUCCAGAAUAAUGAAGCGGAAGUCAGAGGAGGGACCUAAAAACGACACAAACACUACAGAAACCUCCAUCAUACAUAAGAAAAGUAGAUAUAUUCAAAGUAAAACUGAAAACAGUCAAGACACUAAUGUCAAGUCCGAUCAAACUGAUGCCUCAUCCAGUGUCUAUGAUGUUUCAUCAUCAGAGAGUCAGAUCAAAAGCAAGACCAUAUAUGAGGACAUUGAGACUACAACACCAGCUAAUGAACCCGAAAUGCUUGCCGUAGAGAAAGCCAAUGAGGAAUCAGAGCAUCAGCACACCAGGCAGCCGUAUUACCUGCAAAACUUUCGGACUGUCCUUGAGGCGGUGUUGGAAAAUGAGGAUGAUAGGCUGCUCUUCAAUGAAGAUGACUUCUCAGCAAUUCACACUUUUCAGCAGCUUUCAGUUCCUGGUCAGAUGCUUUAUGUCCGUCUGUUCCAAAGGAAGCUGAAAUGGCUUCAGGUCAGUAAGGUGGAAUAUACGGAGAUCAGCUCAGACCUCAGACCUGUCUUUCAAGAACUGGUUGCAUGUGGCUUCCUACAAUCAGAAUCGGAGCUUCACGACAUCCAAGAAGUUUUAGAUCUGCUUCCCGCACCAGAGCUCAGAAACCUGGCCAAAACAUUUCACCUUGGCCGUGGAGGGAAUGGGACUCAGAAACAGCAGUUGGUAGAAGGGCUACUCCAGCUGGGGAAACAGCGAUCGCUCUUUGCUAGUCAGAACAACACGUCUGCAGUCAUUCUCAAGAGGGCCAAGCAGGCUGCAGGUUCCUGUGUGCGUCUGUGCCGCAGGUCCCGCACUGUGUUCUCCCGCUUCCUGCUCCUGUUCUCCCUCACAGACUCUUUGGAGGAGGAGGAGACGGCCGCUGGAGGUCAGGGCCAGCUCUACACCAUUCUGCUGGUCAAUUCUGGCCGUCUAGCUUUCCCAGAGUACACUGUACAUCGCUCAACCAGGCUAUUUCAGGACAGGGAUGACCUCAUCAGAUACGAAACUGCGAUGCGUAUGCUGCAGGAAGUGAUUGCUGCAAUGCAGACAGGCAGUUGGGAGGACGCCCAUGGCCUCUACACUACAGCAAAGGCCACUUGGCAGGAGAUUAAAGACUCCUGUGAAAUAAGUCAUCAUGAACAACUGCCUGUUUUCCUGCGGUGUUUCACCGUGGGCUGGACCUACACCCGUAUACUGUCUCGAGGAGUUGAGAUUUUACAAAGACUUCGCCGCUAUGAUGAAUCCGUGGAGGAGCUCAGGAAUCUUCUGUCCCAGUCAGUGUAUUGUGUAACCAGUAGGGGGCGCUGGUGGGACAGACUUGCUCUCAAUCUCCAGCAACAUCUUAAACAACAUGAGCAGGCCAUCUGUGCUAUUCGGGAUGGACUGAAUGACCCUCUGGUCCGAACAGGCCACAAAUUAUCACUUCAUCAGCGAGCUUCACGAAUGAAGGAAUCUACUAGCUUGAAGAAGUACCGUCUGCUGCUCCGAGAUCUACCCACUAUGCACGUACAGGAUGUCACUCAUGUCACAAUUCGAGGCCAGCUCUUUCCUCAUGAGGGUGGAAUGGGCAAAUCAGUGUUUCUUAGAGCCGUCAAUGAGGAUGAAGGAUCUAGUGAGGGACGAGGGACUAUGGUCAUGUGUUCUGUUGAGGAACUGGCUCUGGAACACUACAGAACACUUGGAUUUGAUCAAGGUAUUCAUGGAGAAGGCUCUACAUUUUCCACUCUGUUUGGACUCCUCAUGUGGGACAUCAUCUUUAUCGACGGGGUUCCUGAUGUCUUCCGAAACCCAUACCAGACUUGUCCUUUAGAUUUGCACACUGAUUGUUUCUAUGGUAACCGGCGGGAAGCCAUUGAGGCGCGCGCUGAGAUGUUGCGUGAGGCGUCUGCAGAGACGCUGCAGGAGCUGAUCGCUGAUGUGUGGACCGCACAAGAGGGGAGAGUGUGUGCGCUGAUAAACUGGGAGCGCUUCUCCUCUCUUCAGCAGGCACAGAGUCUAGUAGAGUGUUUGGGUGGCCACUUCUUAAGCAGUGUGGUCCUCAGAAUGGCGAAGGACUACAGGCACUGCAGAGGUGGACUUCCAGAUCUGGUAGUCUGGAGCAUGUCCAACAAGAAGUACAAGCUGGUGGAAGUGAAGGGUCCUAAUGACCGUCUGUCACAGAAGCAGCAGAUCUGGCUGGAUGAGCUGCGUAAGCUCGGUGCUGAUGUAGAAGUGUGUCACGUCACCGCCACUGGAGGACGGGGAGUGAGGCGGGAAUGAGACUGCUGUCACUCUGAGAAGAAUGGAGACUCGAGCAUGUGUGGUUUACCAAAUAGCAAAGUUGGAAAUCUUUGAAGCACACAGGACAGAUUUAACGACGUAUUAAAACCUCAGCUUGGCGCUGAUGUGAUGAUGUAACAGAAGAGUAUUAUUAGGAAGUUUAAAAAGACCUAUUCUCCCCACCUGAAUUGUAAAAUUGUUAACUUACCUCAUGGCACUGACUGACUUGAUUUUUAUUCUUGUAUUCUUGCUCAUUGUAAAGUGACAAUAUAUUAUAUUGACUAAUUUUUAAAAAAAGUACUUUUCUGGUGUAAAUAAUUUUAAAGACAUUGAAUAAAAAAAUCACAUUAUAAAA